AUAUGCGUGAACACAAUAGCGGAAAGUUUUAUUUCAUUGCAUUGUUUUUAUUAUUUCCAUUGGCCUUAAAACUACAACUUUAUCAGGUGUCUUGUAUUUAGUGUUUUAAAUAUUUAUGCUUAUUUCUACCAGCAAGGAUAUAUUAAUUACAUUUGUCACUUCAACGAAUAAGUACACAACAAUUGAUUUGAGUGGAAAUAAUGCCAACUAUUAAAGUAACACCACUAGGUGCUGGUCAGGAUGUUGGACGCAGUUGCCUACUAUUAUCAAUGGGUGGCAAAAACAUCAUGCUUGACUGUGGUAUGCACAUGGGGUACAAUGAUGAACGUCGUUUCCCUGAUUUUUCAUAUAUCGUCCCAGAAGGCCCAAUAACAAGUCACAUUGAUUGUGUGAUAAUAUCACAUUUUCAUUUGGAUCACUGCGGUGCCUUGCCGUAUAUGUCCGAGAUGGUAGGCUAUUCUGGUCCUAUUUACAUGACGCAUCCGACCAAAGCUAUUGCCCCCAUUUUAUUAGAAGAUAUGCGAAAGGUGGCUGUGGAGCGCAAAGGCGAGUCAAAUUUCUUCACUACUCAAAUGAUAAAAGAUUGCAUGAAAAAGGUUACCGCUGUUACAUUGCAUCAAAGCGUAAUGGUGGACAAUGAGUUGGAGAUCAAAGCCUACUAUGCCGGUCACGUGUUGGGCGCUGCAAUGUUUUGGUUGCGGGUCGGCUCACAAUCGGUUGUGUAUACGGGCGAUUAUAAUAUGACACCUGAUCGUCAUUUAGGCGCUGCAUGGAUAGACAAAUGCAGGCCGGACUUGUUAAUUUCCGAAAGUACAUAUGCAACAACUAUACGUGAUUCAAAACGUUGUCGCGAGCGUGAUUUCCUUAAGAAAGUGCAUGAAUGUGUUGCCAAAGGAGGCAAAGUGCUAAUACCUGUGUUUGCUUUGGGACGUGCCCAAGAGCUAUGCAUUUUAUUGGAAACUUAUUGGGAAAGAAUGAAUUUGAAAUUCCCCAUAUAUUUUGCAGUGGGUUUGACGGAAAAAGCGAAUACCUAUUAUAAAAUGUUCAUCACAUGGACCAACCAGAAAAUACGUAAAACGUUUGUGCAACGAAAUAUGUUUGACUUUAAGCAUAUUAAGCCAUUCGAUAAAGCGUAUAUUGAUAAUCCUGGAGCUAUGGUCGUAUUUGCUACGCCAGGUAUGUUGCAUGCUGGUUUGUCAUUGCAGAUUUUUAAGAAAUGGGCACCAAAUGAAAAUAAUAUGGUUAUCAUGCCUGGAUAUUGCGUUCAGGGCACAGUAGGUAAUAAAAUUCUUGGUGGUGCAAAGAAAGUCGAAUUCGAAAAUAGACAAGUGGUGGAGGUGAAAAUGUCUGUGGAAUAUUUAAGUUUCUCGGCGCAUGCUGACGCUAAAGGUAUUAUGCAACUAAUACAAAAUUGUGAGCCAAAAAAUGUCAUGUUAGUGCACGGCGAAGCUGAAAAAAUGCAAUUUUUACGCACCAAAAUAAUGGAAGAGUUCAACAUUGAAACUUAUAUGCCUGCAAACGGAGAGACUUCAGUUAUUUCUACACCCGUAAAAAUUUCUGUCGAUGCAUCCGUAUCUUUGCUCAAAGCAGAAGCCCGCGUAUACAAUGCUCAACCGCCAGAUCCAAAGCGAAGACGACUCUUACAUGGUGUACUUGUUAUGAAAGAUAAUCGUAUUAUGUUGCAGAAUCUAACCGAUACUUUGAAGGAAUUCGGUAUUAAUCGUCAUGUGAUGCGUUUUACUUCCAAGGUGAAAAUGGACGAUCCUGGCCCCCGUUUGCGAACGGGUGAAAAACUUUUCGCGCUUCUACAAGAGAAAUUAGUCGGCUGGACUGUUAGCAUGCAGGAAAGUUGUACGAUUUGCGUCGAAACAGUUGAAAUCAAGGUUGAGGAAGAUGAAAAUGAUCCGAAACAUAAAACCAUACUUAUAACAUGGACUAAUCAGGAUGAAGAUAUCGGCGCUUACAUAUUGAACUUGCUACAAAAUAUGUCUUGAUUCAAAAUAAAUUCGUUUUUUUCUAUAGUUAUAAUU